CCCUCGCGGCUUCGCCACGUCUUUGGUCCCGUCGCCCUACCCCAACCCAUUGCAAAGAAACAGCGCAAGAGGAAAAAGAUUCCACAAGUGUUUGUGUGCGCACAUCGGACCUCAAACACCAGAGGGGCAGAGCUAAAAUGAAAAAAAGGGGGAAAAAUUGAGUGAAAAUUAUUCAGUAGAAAAAUCACUCUCACUCUCCAGUCUCCGCAAAGAAUGCUCUGAAGAAUUCCCAUUCUUCUUCUCGUUCUCUACAUUCUUCUUAGUUCUUGAGCUGUGUAAAGCCAUUAAUCAUUUUUUUUCCAGCUUUUGUGAAUAGAAAUGGAAGAAGGUAAUGUAUUGAAUGGGACAAUAAAGGGCAUCAAAUUUGGUUUGGCUACCCGCCAAGAAAUUGUGAAAGCCUCUGUAAGUGAUUGCCCUAUAAAUCAUCCUAGCCAGCUGCUGAACCCUUUUCUGGGCCUUCCGCUUGAAGCUGGAAAAUGUGAAUCGUGUGGUACUGCUGAACCUGGGCAAUGUGAAGGUCAUUUUGGCUAUAUUGAAUUGCCCACACCUAUAUAUCACCCUGAUCAUGUUAGUGAGUUGAAGAGGAUGCUUAGCUUAUUGUGCCUAAAGUGUCUCAAGUUAACAAACAGGAAGUUUCAGGUGAAGCAUAUUGGCGUUCUUGAGAGGAUGAUGCCCUUGUGCUGCGAGGAUGUAUCACAAAUAUCAGUAACUGAAGUUAAAAAUUCGGAUGGCGCUUGCUAUCUGGAGUUGAAAGUACCAAAGGAUGCAGCUAAUGAUGACAUCUGGAGCUUCUUGGAGAAAUAUGGAUUCCGAUAUGGUGAUGGCUAUUCUCGUAGAUUACUUCCUUCCGAGGUAGCAACUAUGCUUAAAAAACUGCCUGAAGACACCAAAAGAAAACUUUCUGCAAGGGGAUAUUCUCCACAAGAAGGCUAUAUCCUUCAAUAUCUGCCUGUCCCCCCUAACUGUUUGUCUGUGCCAGACAUAUCUGAUGGGAUGAACAUUAUGUCUUCGGAUCACUCAAUAACAAUGCUCAGAAAAGUGCUGAAACAAAUAGAGAACAUUAAGAGCUCAAGGUCUGGGACACCAAAUUUUGAAUCUCAGGAAGUGGAGGCCAAUGAUUUACAAGUAGCAGUUGCUCAGUAUCUUCAGUUCAGGGGCACUGGCAAGGCAUCUCGUGAUGUGGACAAGCGUUUUGGAGUUGCCAAGGAAUCAAAUGAAUCGACCACCAAGGCUUGGCUAGAGAAGAUGAAAACUUUAUUUAUCAGAAAGGGGUCUGGUUUCUCAUCUCGCAGUGUGAUUACUGGUGAUCCAUAUAAGGGAGUAAAUGAAAUAGGAUUACCUUUUGAGAUUGCCCAACGAAUCACCUUCGAAGAAAGGGUAAGUUUGCACAAUGUGGCGUUCCUGCAGAAGCUGGUUGAUGAAAAACUUUGUUUGACCUACAGAGAUGGAUCAUCAACAUAUUCUCUUAGGGAAGGAUCCAAAGGUCACACAUUUUUGAAACCUGGACAACUUGUUCACAGGAGAAUUAUGGAUGGGGAUAUUGUGUUCAUCAACAGGCCACCAACUACACACAAGCACUCCUUGCAAGCUUUGUCAGUAUAUGUACAUGAUGAUCACACGGUCAAGAUCAACCCAUUGAUUUGUGGACCAUUAAGUGCUGACUUUGAUGGUGAUUGCAUCCACCUCUUUUACCCUCAGUCCCUUUCUGCCAAAGCAGAGGUUUUGGAGCUCUUCUCUGUAGAUAAACAGCUAUUGAGUUCGCAUACUGGUAAUUUCAAUUUACAGAUGAGCAGUGACUCAUUACUGGCAUUCAAGCUAUUAUUUGAAAAUUACUUUCUGAAGAAAGCUAGUGCCCAGCAAUUGGCCAUGUUUCUCCCGAACAGCUUACCUAUGCCUGCUCUUGUUAAGUCCCAUCUUUCUGCACCUCAAUGGACAAUCUUGCAGAUUCUGGAGACGGCUUUGCCGAGAUGUUUUGACUGUUUAGGAGAUAGAUACAUGGUUAACAAAAGCGAGUUUGUAAGAAUCGACUAUAGCAGGGAUACAAUGUCAUCAAUCCUCAAUGAUAUUGUUUCUUCAAUUUAUUUUGGAAAGGGUCCCAAAGAAGUUAUCCUAUUCUUUAAUGCACUGCAACCUUUGUUGAUGGAGUAUCUGUACACACAAGGUUUUAGUAUCGGUCUUGGAGACUUUUUCAUUUCCAAAAGUGCUAGAGAAAAGAUCCGAACAAAUAUUCAGGGUGUCUCACAGUUGCUGUUUAGUUUGCGCUCAUCCUUCAACGCAUCUGUGGAGCUACAAUUGGACCAUUUCCUGAAGGUCGAGAAAACACCAGUCACAACUUUUGCUCUACAUUCAUCUGCGAUAGGUCAUUUAAUUGACCCCAAGAGUGAGUCUGCUCUGAACAAAGUAGUGCAACAGGUUGGGUUUUUAGGGUUGCAGAUAUCAGACAGAGGGAAGUUCUAUACAAACACGCUUGUGAAUGACGUGGCUCUCCUUUUCCAAAACAAGCAUCCAUCUGUGCAUUGUCACCCUUCAGAGGAAUUUGGUAUGGUUAGUAACAGCCUAUUUAAUGGUUUGAAUCCGUAUCAGGAGAUGGUACACUCGAUAUCUAGCAGGGAAGUGAUUGUACGAUCAACACGAGGUUUGACUGAACCCGGAACAUUGUUCAAAAAUUUGAUGGCAAUCCUCCGAGAUGUUGUUAUUUGUUAUGAUGGGACUGUAAGAAACAUAUGUAGCAAUUCCAUCAUACAGUUCGAGUAUGGUGUGCACAAUGAAAGCAAGUUUCAGAGUGAAUUUGGCGCCGGUGAUCCUGUUGGGGUAUUGGCUGCAACUGCUAUGUCAAAUCCGGCAUACAAGGCAGUCCUUGAUUCAUCUCCUAGCAGUUAUUCUUCAUGGGAAAUGAUGAAGGAAAUUUUGCUUUGUGGAGUAAAUUUCAAGAAUGUUGUAGCUGACCGCCGUGUAAUACUUUAUCUAAAUGACUGUGAGUGCGGAAGGAAAUAUUGCCGAGAAAAAGCAGCCUACGUAUUGAAAAAUCAUUUGAGAAAAGUCAGUUUGAAGGAUGUUGCUGAUGAAUUCCUGAUUGAAUAUGCAAGACCACAAUCUGAACAUCAAAUUUCUGGAGAUGUUUUCCUUGUUGGCCACAUUCAUCUGAACAAGAUGCAGAUUGAAAGUCUGAGUGCUGAUCUCAACGAGAUUCUUGAAAAAUGCGAGAAGAAAAUUCAUUCCUGGAAGAAGAAGAAAAAUAUUGGCAUUCUUUUCAAACAAAUCAAUUUAUCAGUCAGUGCAUGUUGUUCUUUUGGUGAUGGCAAAUGUAAAUCAGGGGAUUUGCCAUGCGUGCGGCUCUCUUGGCGGGGCGAUGAUGUUCACUUAGAGACAAUAUCUCAUUUUCUUGCAGACAUAAUUUGCCCAGUUGUGUUGGAAACAAUUGUAAAAGGUGAUCAUAGGGUCUCUUCUGCUAGUAUAAUCUGGAGUAGUCCUCAGACAAUGACUUGGAUUAAAGGCUCUAGCAAGAAUCAACCGGGUGAAUCGGCUCUAGAAGUUGUUCUUGAGAAGGAAGCUGUUAAACAAAGCGGAGAUGCUUGGAGGAUUGUCAUGGACUCAUGUGUACGUUAUAUCCAUCUUAUUGACACUAGACGUUCUAUACCUUAUGCUAUCAAACAAGUGCAAGAGUUGCUUGGGAUUUCUUGUGCUUUUGAGCAAGCUGUUCAGCGGCUGUCGAGAUCUGUGACAAUGGUUACAAAAGGAGUUCUGAAAGACCAUCUACUUCUAUUGGCUAAUAGCAUGACAUGUGCUGGAAAUUUAGUUGGCUUCAAUGCUGGUGGAAUAAAAGCAUUGUCGCGUUCAUUGAAUGUCCAAAUACCUUUUGCUGAAGCCACAUUGUUUACACCACGGAAAUGUUUUGAAAGGGCUGCUGAAAAGUGCCAUUUUGAUUCAUUAGCUAGUGUUGUGGCAUCUUGUUCAUGGGGUAAACAUGUAGCUGUGGGUACUGGGUCUUCUUUUGAUAUUCUUCUUGAUACUAGGAAGGUUGAGUUAACCCAACAAGAAGGUCAAAAUGUCUAUGAUUUCCUCCUCCUGAUGAGAAGCAGUCAUGAUCGUAGAGAAAAGGGUACUGACUGUCUAGGUGCAGAUAUUGAUGAUCUGAUGCCUGAAGAUGCAGAUUUAGACUUGUACUUAUCACCAGAAAGAGAUUCAGAGUCAGUGAAACCUACAUUUGAAGAUGCAAUUGAUGAUAUGAUCAAUGAGAAUGUGGCUCAACAAGGUGGUGGUGGUUGGGAGAAGGCUUCGAAUGACACCUCUGGAAUGGGUGGCGGUGGGUGGGACCCUGUUGAGAAAAACUCAACGAAGACAACCGAUCAAUCAGACUCUUGGUCCUCCUGGGGUGGUAAAAAGAUGGAGGAGACCGGGAAAGACAGCGUCCAAGGUGGAGAUCCUGGUUGGGGUAAAACAGAUGGUGCUGGUGGGUGGGACCCUGUUGAGAAAAACUCAAAGGCAGCCACAGAUCAAUCAGACUCCUGGUCCUCCUGGGGUGCUGCUAAAAAAUUGGAAAGUGACUGUUCUCUUGUACAACCUGCUUCUAAUGACUCCUGGGGAAAGGCUUCUAAGAUAUCAGAAUCUGAUCAAGUCCUUGAUCGGUCAACAACAAAAACUUCUUGGGGGAGAGAUUCUGAUGAAGCAUCUGAGAAAGGCCAUGGUCAACCUUGGGGUAGUCAUAAGAAGCCUGAUAAACAAGCUUCAUGGGGAAAUGCUGUCAAAGAUGAUGUUAGACCGGAACUGUCAAGUUUAGGGGACUGGAACCAAACCACCGAUGGGAAAUCGUCAACCUCUAGUGGUGGUUGGAAUAAAAAGCCAGAAUCUAAUAAAGGCCUCGAUCAGUCUGGAUCUUCCUGGGGGAAAAAGACUGAUGAAUCGGAUACCUCUGCUUGGGGAAAAAGUGCCAAAGAAGAUAGUGGUGGGCAAAAGCGAGGAGGAGAAUGGUCUGCAUGGCAAAAAGGGACCACAGAGUCACCUACAGGUGCAGAAACAGCACAAGGUAAUAAUAACACUUCUUCAGGGUGGGGUAAUACUAGUUCUAAGUCUCCAGCAGAAGGUAGCUGGAGUACAAAAAGCACGCCGGAUGGACAGAAGAAUGAAAUAGGUGGUAGUUGGGGUUCCUCUAAAGGUGGCUCCGAUUGGACCCCACAUAAAAAAGAGUCUCCUGUCAAUGACUCAACCGGCGGUUGGGCUUCCUCUAAGGGUGGUGGUGCUAAUUGGGCAUCCCAGAAAAGAGAGUCCCGGAUGAAUGACUCAUCCAGUAAUUGGGGCUCUUCUAAGGGUGGUGGUGCUUCUUCUGAGUGGGCCACACAAAAAAGAGAGUCUUCGAUCAAUGAUUCAGCUGGUGGGUGGGGCGCUUCUAAAGGUGUAGGUGGUGCUGGUUGGACCUCACAGAAAAGAGAGUCUUCGGCCAAUGACUCUGCUGUUGGGUGGGGUGCUUCUAAAGCUGGUGGUGCUGCUGAUUGGGGCUCACAGAAAAGUGAGUCUUUGGUCAAUGACACAACUGGUGGGUGGGGCGCUUCUAAAGCUGGUGGUGGUGCCAAUUGGGGCUCACUGAAAAGUGAGUCUUUGGUCAAUGACUCAGCUGGUGGGUGGGGCACGCCUAAAGAUGGUGGUGCUGAUUGGUCAUCACAGAAAAGAGUCUCUCCUAAUGAAAAGAGUAAUGACUCAGCUGGUAGUGGUUGGGGUUCUCCAAAUGCAAGCAAUAAUGGUGAUGGUGCAAAAUCUCAAUGGGGUUCAAAGAGUACAGUAAAAGUGGAUGCCAGUGACAGCUCAAGAGGUUGGGGUUCUUCAACGAAGGGUAAUGGUGGUGACUGGGGGGCUAGUGCUGUACCCAAGUCUCCGGCAGCAGAUGAACGUGGGAACACAUCAGAUGUUGGUGGUUGGGGAACUCCAAAGGCUCUUAACAGUGAUGAGGGUAAUGGGCAAUCUCAAUGGGCCCCACGCAAGGGAGAUGGGUCUCCGGCCAAUAAUAAUGCAUGGACUUCCACAGCCGGGUCAGAUGACAAUGGGAAUGAUACGGCUGGUGGUGGUUGGGGCUCCCCAAAUGUUGGUAACAAUGAUGAGGGUAGCGGACAAUCUAAAUGGGUCCCACGCAGGAGGAAUAGAGAUGACAACAAUGAAAGCCCGCGAGGAUGGGGAGCUGCCCCAGGUAGUGGAGGAGGUGAUUGGAAGAAUAAGAGAAGCCGUCCCCCAAGGCCAGCUGAUGAUUCCAGUGCCGGCGUGGCCUUCACCGCCACGAGGCAGAGGCUGGAUAAAUUUACAGCAGAGGAGCAAGAGAUUGUCCUUGAGCUUGACCCUAUCAUGCAAAACAUCAGAAGGAUAAUGCAAUCAGGGUUGAAUGACGGUGAUCCUUUAUCUGCUGAUGACCAGACAUACAUUGUUAACAAUGUUGUUGAAUACCACCCAGAUAAAGAUGCAAAAAUUGGGUCUGGAGUUGACCACCUUAUGAUUAGCAAGCACGUCAACUUCCAGGACACUAGGUGCUUCUACGUGGUGUCAACCGAUGGUUCUAAGCAAGAUUUCUCCUACCGUAAAUGCCUUGAGAACUUUGUGAAGGCCAAGCAUCCGGAUAAAGCCGAGUCGUUCAACCAGAAGUAUUUUUACCUAAAAAGGCCCCCUCCCCUGCCUCGACACCCCGGUUGGAAUAAUCAAGAACCAAGUGGUGGGGCUACCACCCCAAUGGCUGGGACUGAACAAGAACCCAAACAACAAGAAGAAAGUGGAGAUCCCAAACAACAACAAGAACCUACAGGCGAGGCAUCGACUGAAGAAGAGUCUACCAUGCCAGUUGAGGAGUCUUGAACACAUGUUUUCCCCUUUAGGUAGUUUUUUUGACUUAAUGUUAAUCGUGUGCGGUAAUAUAGAAUUAGCCCUUCUUUUUUCUUUUCUUUGUAUCUUGGGGGAUGAGAGAUAGUCUCUGUACAGUCUUGUUUUUCUUUUUUUUUUUUGGUAGGGUGGUUGUUCAAACUCUAGUAUUAAGAAUGAACUGCCUUAGAAUGAAAGUGUAUCUUUUAUUCAGGUGAUGAAAGCAAAUGAUAUGCCUUGUUAUAGUUUUCACCAAAAUAUUAUUGCUAGAAUUUUGACCAUUAUGAUGAAAGGUGAAAAUAAUAUUAACUUUUUUAU